AUGUCUAUAAUAGAAUGCUUUUUUGAAUUUGCCACUUAUUGCACCCCUAAUACUUUUGAUUCUAUUUAUUUCUUUGUUCUUACUACUGUUUUAACUCGCUCUAUUUCAUCCUUUUUUUCUCAUGAUAAAGAUAUUGAGGUUAGAGAAAUUAUGAGAUAUGGAAUUCAAAUUGAAAAAGAUGAUCUUGUUAAAGAUGAUAGUGUAGAGGCAUAUAAAUUUGUUUUUAUACGAAUUGGUUCUGAAGAAAAAGCAGCUAGACUAUUAGGUCAGCAAAGGCUUUAUCUAAGAAUUGAUAGUGAUAAAAAGGAUGAAAUAAAAUUUAUUCAAAAUGUUAAGAAAAUUUUUUUGAAGACACCAAACCAACGGCGUAAAUUAUUUGAAACCAUUUAUCAUAAACUUAUAGAAUAUUGUGACAAGAAUAUAGGUGAUAAUAAUAGUAAACAACUGUCUAUUAAGGUUGACGAAGAACUUGUGGAAAUUAUCAAAGACAAACUAAUGACACCAUCAGAUAAACAAUAUAUAGCGAAUAAUAUUCUUGGAAAUUAUGUAGAUGGCAUAGAUGACGAAUACAUUCCAGGAACAAAAUUUAUAGCCAAGGAACUUUUUUUAAAACAUGCAAUAGUUUACGCGAAUAUUCUUGAAACAGGAAUUUUUCAAUAUCUCACUUAUUCACAUCGGUCAGGAAAAAAAAUACCUAAAGUAAAAAAAGAGGAAGCUGACGUAAAAAAAGAGGAAACCGAUGUAAAAAAAGAGGAAGCCGAUGUAAAAAAAGAGGACAACUGCAAAAUAAUAAUAAAUCCUGUAAAUGCACAAUGGUUUAUAAUUCCUGCAGUUUCAGAAAUUACUUCAGUAAUUGAUGAUAAUAAUGCUGAGAAAGUUGAAGUUGAAAAAAAAAUAAACAGGAUUAAAACGAAACUUGAAACAAUUGAAAACGAACUUAAUAACAAUGAGGGCAAAAUAUGGUUAAAGGUUCAACAAUCCUAA